UGUGCAGUAGCCGCCUCCCCGCCUUCAGUGCCUCCCUCGACCCUGUGUAGGAGCCUCGGCGCUGGCCCUUCUCGCUGAUUCCCUCGCCCCCUGGCCCGUGGAAGUGUAUUAUGUAGGCCGGGACAUCGUACAGGUGGUGCAGUGCCUGACGAAGAGUGGAAAAUAACGCCGUGCCCUUACUAAUGCGUCAAAAUGGCCGAUGUGGACACCUUGAGGCCAGCGGCAGGAGACGGAGGAGCUACAGAAGAAGCCCCGGCAGAUAAGUCCAACCCAGAUGGAGGCCGGGAAACCAAGCAUCGCCCUCCGCCUGUUGAUGUGGCAGCUGCGCAAAACGUGGGUCAGGAUGGAGGCAUCAAGACCCCCACGGCGGGUGCAGCACAGACCCCACGCUCCUCGGCGGGACCCUCGCGCUACGACACCUUCAGGGACAAGGAGCGCAAGAUUGGUCACCGCCGGAUUGACGAAGGCGGCGUGGUCACAUAUAAGAAGAUCGGCACUAGUCAGUUGAUGGGGUCUAUCCAGCUGGGCAUCCAACAAGCUGUAGGGAGCCUGGCCAGUAAACCUGAUCUAGAUGUUUUAAUUCAAGACUUUUAUGUUGUAGAAACUAUAUUCUUCGCAAGCUCCGGCUCUCAAUCCACACCUGCCCAUCAGUACUCAGACUUUAGGUUCAAGGUGUAUGCUCCAAUAGCAUUUAGACACUUUAGAGAUCUGUUUAGAAUUCAGCCAGAUGACUAUCUGGUGUCUCUGUGCACGGAGCCGCUGCGGGAGCUCAGCAACCCUGGGGCCAGCGGCAGCAUCUUUUACCUCACCAACGAUGACGAGUUCAUCAUCAAGACGGUGCAGCACAAAGAGGCCGAGUUCCUCCAGAAGCUGCUCCCGGGAUACUACAUGAAUCUUCGGCAGAACCCCAGAACGUUACUACCAAAGUUUUUUGGCUUGUAUAAUUAUCAGCCCUCAGCACCCGCACUAGUAUGCGGCACUUUGCAAAGGCAACCGUCCCGCCGCUGUAAGUGUAAUGCCAAGAACAUUAGGUUAAUAGUAAUGAACAAUUUACUACCAUCAUCUAUAAAAAUGCACCAGAGAUAUGAUCUGAAGGGCUCCACCUAUAAAAGAAAGGCCAACAAAUACGAACGCUGCAAAGACUCACCGACUUUCAAAGAUCUGGACUUCAUGGAGCACCACCCCGAGGGCAUCUUGUUGGAGGCCGAGACACACAAGGCUCUCAUCAACACUAUAGCCAGGGACUGCAGGGUGCUGACGUCGUUCAAGAUCAUGGACUACUCCCUGCUGGUGGGCAUCCACAACCUGGACCUGGCAGCCAAAAAAAAGGCGCAAGAAAAAGAGAGGAGGUUAAAUGGAGGAGAAGGAGGAGGAGGGGGAGGAGGAGGAGGAGGGGGUGGAGGCGGGGAGGAUGGAGCCGGAGAGGGGGCAGAAGGAGCCAGCCUCACGCGAUCCCGCUCCAUCAACCGACACAAGUUGGUGGCCCAUUCCACUGCCAUGGAAUCCAUUCAAGCAGACUCCGAUCCAAUAGAUGAGGAGGAUCAAGUCCCUCCUGGAGGCAUUCCUGCAAGAAAUGUGAAGGGUGAACGUUUGCUGCUCUUCCUUGGUAUCAUUGACAUUCUCCAGAGUUUUCGGCUCAAGAAGAAACUGGAACACACGUUCAAGUCCAUGAUACACGACGGGGACACUAUUUCGGUGCAUCGGCCAGCCUUCUACGCCCAGAGGUUCCUCAAGUUCAUGGAGAACACUGUGUUUAAGAAGAUACCAUCACUGGAUCUUCCAGAAAUCAAAGGCGGCCACCGCAAAUUCCGAAAUCUGGUCUCCAGCUACAUAGCCCUGAGGCACUCCCCGUCGCGCCGCCGAGGUGCCUCCCUGCGUGUGAUGCGGCCCAUGUCCCAGACGGAUCCAGACCACGGCGCGGAGCCUCACGAGGGCCAAGAAGGAUCUUCAGUACGCAGUAAACGAAGUGCAAGCGUUCGAAGCAGAAGGUCUGCAGGAAGAGUGCCAGAUGGCAGUGUUAGUGCUGACGACCACCUGGGUGAGGUCGCUAUCUCCUUAUCCAUGGCCACAGGAGGGUCGACAGCCAUCACCUCCACUGCCACCACUGCCGCUGCCACUGUCACAGCCACCUCCUCCCCCGCUGUGACCAGGACCUCAGUUACCGUUACAUCUGGAGCAGCGGUGGCAACAUCAGGAGGAGGAGGCCCAGCCGCAGCUGCUGGUUUGGGGACGGGAACCCCCUCCACCCCGGUCAAUCUUCCAGCCGUGCUGCAGGACCGACCCCACUCUGGGAGGGGUCGGGUGCCUCCCCCUGUGCCUCCUCGCUCACCCCGGGGUGGCGGUGGGGCUGCUCAGGCCACCACUGCCACUUCGUCAUUUGCCCUUUCUCGAGGGACUGGUAGGGGCAGUGUAGUCACUGUAACCAGCACUCAGCCUUCGGCUAGCUCCACCCCUCCACCCCCCUGGGAGGCAGGCGCUUCCUCCUCCUCCUCGCCGAAGAUCCACGUCCGUUCUCACGUCACCACCGUCGCCAUCGAGGACCGCACUGAUGUCGUCAGAAAGGGUCAAAAGUUGCGCUUUAAGGGCCUUGCCGAGGACCCCCAAAGUGUUACUGACCCGGUGCUUGUUAGCUAUAAGGAGAUAAAAUCCACCACUUUAAGCGUGAGUGACGUGCAGUUGGAGCCCCGGCCAGACUCCAAGUCAUCGCUGGGUGUGGACACUAGCGUGGGGCCAACACCUAUGGUCCGUACCCUCACCUGGACACCCCCACUCUCUGUAGAGGGUAGUACCCCUACCUGGACUGAGGGAACCCCCAGCUUUACAGAGUCCUCCUCUAGCGGAGAUUUAGGGUGUCCCACUACUCCAGUCCGCAGUCUUAACACCACCCAGGAGUCCAACGAUAUCCUCUUCCAUGAAACAGAGAUGUGAGUUUGCACCAGACAUCCAUGUCAGUUACACUCCAAGGGCUAGACACUGGUGCCUAGAAGGCUCCUCUUUGGGCAGCUGUAGUGCCCUCUACUGCUCUCUCUGCUUCUCUUCUUCCUUCAGUGUGGUUUACCUCUGCGUGCUGUAUACAUGUAGCAAAAUGCUUCAGAUCUCACUGACCUGAAUUCUGUAGCUUGACAUUUCACAUAAUCAGACACAUACUCUGCAUUGGCCCCCCCUUCAUUGGCAUCGUAAGUCCAUGUGCAGAUGAGAUGUGGUGUUGCACAUUGGCAGUUUAAAAAAAAUAAAGGCAUCGUCUUCACUAGCCAGUGUGGCCGUCAGGUUUUCUUGGCCUACAUGUUUUGCCUCAAGAAUUCAGUGAUUCGUGGUGAUCUGUAGCAGGCGAUAAUGCACUCGAGUGUGUAAAUAUGUCCUUGAAGGUAAUGCCAGAAAUGAUUUACUUUUAUUCCAUCGUGGGGAUGAUAACCCGAGCCUUAAAUAAAGUAAAAUGGUUUAAUAUUGUGGAGAGUAUUUUGUUCUCCAUUGUUGAGUACUGUGUGCUCUCAGUUUAGACUGCUAAGCUGAUUGAUGCAUAAUACUGCAGAACUGUAAAGUAUUGUUGUAUGAAGUGUAGACAGGUAGAUAUAGUUGUUAUCUGCACUAUUCUGGAAUAGUUUGGUUUAAGGUGGACAUGAAUAUGGGGGGAAAACAUUUAAUUAUGUUGAAUAUUUUCCAUGCUGGUUAUAUGCAAUUGAUAUUAUACUUGGCAGGAUGCAAAGGUACCUAGUCCACUGAAUGUUUUUUAGUUAGCCACAGUGACAAUCUAGUUUGAUUAAAUUUACUUAAGGGAAAGGUGAGUAAGGUUAGGUAAUCAAUCAGUAGUAGGAUAUCAUGCAAUAUUUUGCCCAUCAUUUACAAUAGUUUCCCUGUAAUAAUAGGAUAAAGGAACAACUUGGUAUAGAUUCUGGGAUGGGAGUAAAUUGCUAUAAAUAAGUCCAAAACAUUUCAUUCCUUGAGCUCUUUAAACUCUCCAACCAUUGACUCAAAUCUAAGAAAAGACAUGAAACCUGUGAGGCAAAGUAGGAAUACAAGUUAGUUUUGUUUACCCUUUGAACACUUGGUUAGGAUUGUAAUGAUAUCUAUGAGAUGAUCAAGGAAGCUUGCUACACCCUCAAACAAGGUACCUUUCAUUCACUGCCUCCUUGUUACUGUACAGUAUGAUAUUAAAAGUGGUUGACAGUUAAUAGUUCUUGAUGUAUAUUGUGGUUAACUAUUUUAUAGAGCUCAAAUACAUGAUUUUGUAAGUCUCAUCCAGCGCAGCUUUUUAUGAUAAAUGGUGAUGUGUACUUUGUGCUGUGUUAAUGUCUUGUGAGGUGAUGGGUGGGUGUGGGCUGGCUGGCUAGUCUCACUCUUCCACCAGUCAUUGAAUAAUGCACUCACAACGGAUACAACAGACUUCUUGAAGCAGCUGAGGGAGACACUAGAAAGUCAGGGCGUUUGUUUGUUUCCUCUUUAGAGUUUGUUUGUAUGAUGGUGUUUCUGCAUAGUGUUCCUUCAUUAGAGUGAGUGAGAGAGUUUCUGAACAUCAUGUUGUUGUGUGCUGGGAAUUUUGCGAUGAUAAUGAGUGAUGAAGCAAAAUGUGCAAUUAGAUUUGCACUUGAUACAAGAGAGUUUUAAUAUACUACCAAAUAAUGGAUAUUAGUUAUAACUAGAAACUGAAUUGUGGAAGUCACAGUGAGAUGGGCCUCGACCACAAACAAUAGUUCAAGGUCAUGGGACCAGCUCCAAAAGAUUUUACUGCUGUUGGAGAUAUGUGCAUCAGUCCUGCAGUACCACUUCAGGACCCUGCAAAGCCCAUUCUUUACACUAUGCAAGCUUCCUUUUGUAAGCUUGAAUGACUUUCAAGCAGCUUUUGAGUGCUCCACUAGUUCUGGUUCUCCAUAGACAGUCAAAGCGAGUUUGUGGAAGGAUAAAGUUAAGUUCUGAACUUUAUCAAAAUGCAAAAAUUGCAGUGUAAUAGUUUUGCAUCUUCCAACUUUCUUGUUGAAUCAUGACAAACCUAUUGUUGGUAUUCCAUUUGUUUCUAGUGCAGAGAAUAAUAUUACACAAUAAGGAAAUAUCCCCGGAAAUAUGGGAGACGAGUUUUUGCACUUCAUGAAUGGAAUGGAAUAACAUGCAUUAAGCACACUGCAAUGAAGUUUAUGGUAUACCUUGCAAUGCCUUGUGUUUGCACAUAAUAUGAGGUGGUAGGUUCUUGUCAAGUGCUUGAAUAGUCUGUGCAUUUGCCUUGUGCAUAAUAAAGGAGAGGGAUGAACCCUCAUGCUAUUGAAUUUAAAUUUCUCUAACUUAAGCCUAUUCAUAUGGGUUCUACCUUAAGUUUCCACACAGUUUUUACCAAAUUUAAAAAAUGUAAAUUCUGACUAAGCAAGGUAUGGUCUUGUCAAGAUUUAUUAUUACUGUUCCUCGCUGUCAUGUGUGAGGAUACUUUAAACUUAACCUUACUGUAACCCUCAUGAUCUCCACAGCUUUUACUCAUAAAUGCUUUUAUGAAAGUGUGUUCCAACAAAAAUAUGCAUAUAUAGCAUCUGCAGCUACAUGGAAUCUUUUAUCUUUGCCAUCUUGAAGGAUAGACCGAUUUCACAUUGGACUGGAAAGAGCAAGUUCAGACCACGUGCCAGUCGUGAUCUGCACGGCUUUGAUUCCUUGUGACUACCCAUGUAUUUCUCAUCAUGGCCAAUAUUAGUGCUCAUCAUAACUUAAAAUGCUCAUAUAUUGCAAUUUUCCUGUCACAUGAAAUAAUUGAAUUAUUCAUCAAUAUUUAGAAAGAUUGUUCUUUCCUCCUCGUCAUUCCUCUUUGUCUUGAACACUUUACCCAUGUUUGUAUAUGGUCGCUGUAAUAUUGGGUCGCUGUUACUGCUUGUCAUUAGCUACUGAGAUUUAUAAAACAGUCCUUUUUAGAUGCCACAGAAAGUUAUCUGGGGAAAGUUGCAUUUGGUUAUAAUUGCAGGGGAGUAUAAGGUAUUAGGUAUUACUAAGAGUAUUGCGCACCCUGCAAGGAAGAGACGUAAACUUGGAGGAGGCCUUCCAGCUCAGACUGCCCAUCCCUUCACGCAAGUGUCUUGAUCGCCAGCUUAAUAUAUUAGUGUUAUAUGAAGCCGGCUAUAUCUCAGUGUACUGUAUCUCUACUGUGUUCUCGUACAUAUCUGUGUCAAUAAGAUAACUGUACGUAGCUGAGAGUAGAAACUAUGUCUACCACUCUUUUUACUUUCCCCUUCCUUUUGAAUGCCAGCGCUUGUGUGUGUUAGUCUGCGAGUGCUGUGCAAGUUGGGUUUCAAAGCAGUUAUAAAAAGCUCUUCUUGGUUAAUCUCACAUCAAUUUUUUUCUUAAGGAAUAUGACAAAUUUGAAUAAAAAAUAUAUUAUACAUUGAAGAUAUAUUUGAAAGAAAUCAUAAUGGAAUUGAAUGAAAAGCACAGUUUAAUGGAAAAUACUUCAAUAUUUUCACGCAAUGGUGAUUGCUUUAUAUAUCUGGCUCGCAUAACAAUGUGAUAACUGCACACAAUUGAAAGACUCCUAUCAUGCAUAGAAUAAGUUAAUGUAUAUUAAAUCUCACAACACAUAAAACUAUUUUUUUUACAUAUUGACUAUUAUCCUCAAAAGGAAUCCUAAACUCACCACUUCAUAAGAAUUGUCGAUAAGUUUGAUGCAAAUGGUCAGGUGGGUGCAGGGAAGGAAGGCUGCUGACUUUGUUAUUACUUGUUUCAUGAAAUGCACCAGCCACCUCACCACGAGGACAGAUCCUCCUCAACUUACAAUAGGAUUAGCCUGCGAGAAAUUCAUCUCAAGCCAAAAGUAUUGCAAGUUCACAACUACCAAACUUUAUAACCUGGCACAGGCUCAGGACACAUACACAGACCAUAUCAUCUGACACAAAGCAAUAAGGUACUUGAAAAAAUUGAUCAAAAUUCAUAAUCUUGUGUAUGGAUUCUACAGAGUCCUAUUGCUAUCACACCCAUGAAAAGCAGAAAAAGUUGUAAAUCGAGGAGUUUCUGCGUAUGGAGGGACCGUCAAGUAGGAUGAACAAAGUAUGCUGAGAGAUAGAGGGAUAGAGAGAGUAUGUGUGUGUGUGUGUGUGUGUGUGUAUAAUGGAAGGUAGAGACAUUGCCACCAUAACUGUGCAUUAAUCUAAAGUAGCAUAAGCUAUAUUAGCAUAAUAAGUAAACCUGUAUGCAAGUUUGAAUGCAUGUUACUGCCAAAGUUUUUAUUUAAGAGAAAAGUCUUAGAAUAUCAGAUGAUGGUAAAUGCUGCUUCACCUGUUCAACUUAAUUUUCAUUAGGGAUCAGUUCCGGCUUCCAAGCCAUGCGUCAUAAAUUUGUGAGUGCCUGAUAUGUUGAAUUAAUCUGGAUCCUGGAGAUGGUGUAGUCGAUGGUGGUCGUCUUCAGGUUGAUAUAGCGUAUAACUAAGUUUUAAAUGUGUAAUGUAAACAGCUGUUUCUGUAUUAAGUAGUUUUAUUAUUAACUUUUUCUAUGAAAAAGUACAAUGUCCCCGUGAACCACAACUUUGGUGUGGUUGGGAGAGUUAAAAGUAUGAAUGUUCUUCUAGACAAUGACUGUGUUGCUUUACAUAUCUCCUGUGAUUGGACUAGUGAUGCCAAGGCAAUAAAAAUGUACUCAUUUUACCCACUGCUUGAGUGAUUGUUGACCUGCAAAAGAAGGUUGAUUGGGCCAGGUGUGCGAGCCUCACAGGAAGCCUCGUCAAGGGUUGACCUCAGCCAAGUUUGGGUUUUCACUGUUUUCUUUAACUUGUCUCAUGAGAUGAUAAACUUGUCAGUAAUGUGACAAGCGGUAAAAUAAGAAAAAAAUAUUGGAAGCUUUCUAUCAAGCACUUGGGUCACAUGAUUUACACUCUGUAGCCUGUUAUCUGCCUAAUUGAAACUGAAUAUCUGCAGUAUUAUGACGGUUAAUUUCCUCAGAAAAAGUCAGUUUUUCCUGUUCUGGAUUAAUUUGCAACAUAUACCGUACUGUACAUUAUUUUUCCUUCCAUUAGUGCUAAGAAAUGAGGUAUUCAUUUUCUGCCAAGCUAAAUUUUAUUUUAGAUACUGGAAUAAAUCAUGUGAGAUGGCCCCAACCCCCACGAGUUCAGUAAACUUCCUUCUUUACACCAAGUUAAUGAUUUGCAUGUGACCAAGUUCUCUGUAUUCUUCUGGAUUGAGAAUUUAAUUGUCAUGCAGUAAGUGAGAGGCACCCACAGCCAUGACUUAGCCCAUCACCUCCUCCAAUAAAUCAUAGGCCUUUAUUAUUUCAUAAUUCAAACACUAAUUUGUACUUUUAAAAGUGCCAUUUAAUGCAGCAAUAACAUUAUGCACCUGAUUUCUCAUCUCAUUGAAGGCUUGCCUUAUGAAAAUCAAUUACAUUGCAUUGACUCCAUUGUCCCACAUCACAUUAAAGUUGUAUGCACAUUCCUGUUACUAAGGAAGGCCGGCCAGUCCCCAGGAAACCAUGGCUGCCUUGAGUGUAGUUAUUGGUUAUGGUAAUGUGGUAAAUACCUGGAAGGAUAAAACAAGUUGACUUUAUGGUCAUAAAAUAACAUGAUGUAAAGAACAGCAUCAAAAAAUUUUAUCAUUAGCCUUGGACGACAUAUUUACCAGUUUUUUGUGGCUCAAAGGCCGGCAACUGUCAUCUUGUGAUAGUUUAAAUUGGUAUAAAAAAAUCACAUAUUUCAAUGAAAGCAGUUUAUUUUAUAUUCAAAUCAAAAUAUAAUAAUAAUAAUAUGUAAAAUUUAUGAAAAGAAAUAUUAAUUUUUAUUUAAAAAAAAUGCGUAUACAAAAAGUAUCUGAGGUUCUUUGGAACUUUAUUAAGCAUUGACAAGUGAUAGUAGGAGGAGGAAGAUAGGAUGGUCUGUGUUCCGUAGAUUGUGUUCUACUGGUGUGUAAUUUGAUGGCAGGUAGACAAUGUUUAAAAGCAUUCCAAUCCACACCUCUCUUCUUUUACAUUUUGUGGUUAUCAUAGAAUGGGUCCCUUCAUUAGUAGUAGUCUCUGUAGGUGCAAUAUAUGAAGCUACAUUUUAUAACUUGACUACUUGAUUUCAUGCUUGUGAUAAUAAAUUGUUGGGUCUCUUUCCAUUGUUAAAUAUGUUUGUACUUAAUGGGGGGCAAAAAUUGGUAUAUCAUCUGCACCUGGCAUUUAAGUUUGUUAUUAUGGCACUGGUCCAGGUGAGGUGAAGGUGGGAUGUGAUGCUAAGAUGAAGUAACAUGGAAAAAGUGGGUUCCAACAAUCUGGUUAGAAUCACAUCCAACUUUGGUCAUAAUUCUCAAACGUCUUCCUUUAUGGCUGUAAUAUCACCCUCCUCCUGCUCCUCCAACUUCAAAGUUCCUUGUGUUGGAGAAACUGUUGAGAAUCUAUCAGUGCGACUAAUUCAGUGAAGCUUAAUUGGAGUUCAACUAUUCUCAAGUGUCAAUUCAAAACACGUGCUCAUGGCCACCUUCACUAAAUUGAACCUAACUCACAGGCUUAAUAUGAUGCCACAAUCUUGCUGACUUGCUCGUCAUGUCCAUUUCCCAAAACAAGGAAUAAUCAUAGUAUUUAGCCAUGUAGGAUAAGAUGGUCUUGCAUAAACUAGCCAGUUACCCUUGACUAGAGAAGUGUACAGAGUUAAGCCUCAUGUGUCAGCCAACAAGACUGCUUCUGGCUGGGUAACAGUUCACCAGGUAAAUACAUAUAUAUUUUUUUUAUUUAUUCUUUUCCCACUUAUGAGUGAUAGAUGGAGAUGUUGUCUGUGUAUGUGUCAAGUUUGUCCUACUACAUUGUCCAGAAAUCUUGUUUGUCUUGUGAUAAUGCCACUUGUUUGUAAAAUGAUAGAAUCUUAAUCUGAAGUAAACAGAAAUGUGGAUGC